GGCUCUUCCCCCGCUAUUGUCGUUCGUAAACUUAGUUCGGGUGGGUGGUUAGUUAUUGUUGUUCCGUAGUCGCGUAAAGUUGACUAAUCCGACCGACCGGACCAGACCGCUCAAAUCAAAAAGCACGCGACACUCGCCGGAAAAAAAGGGAAAACGGACAGAGGCAAAGGAAGAGGGACGGGAAGGAAAGCCGAAUAGUAACAGCAAAACAAAACAAACGACGAAAAGCGGUGCGAAAUGAAGGUCUGCUGCAUUGGCGCUGGAUAUGUCGGCGGUCCAACCUGCGCGGUAAUGGCGCUCAAGUGCCCCGAUAUCGUGAUUACCCUGGUGGACAAGAGCUCUGAGCGGAUUGCCCAGUGGAAUUCGGAUAAAUUGCCCAUUUACGAGCCCGGUCUGGACGAAGUAGUGAAGAAGUGCCGCAAUGUGAACCUCUUCUUCUCCACGGACAUCGAGACGGCCAUUAAGGAGGCGGACCUUAUCUUCAUCUCGGUGAACACGCCCACAAAGACCUGCGGCAGUGGCAAGGGACGAGCGGCGGACCUCAAGUACGUGGAGAGUGCGGCCCGAAUGAUCGCAGAGAUCGCGCAGUCCAACAAGAUCGUGGUGGAGAAGAGCACGGUGCCCGUGCGGGCGGCGGAGAGCAUCAUGCACAUACUGCGGGCGAACCAGAAGCCCGGCAUCCACUACGACAUCCUGUCCAACCCUGAGUUCCUGGCCGAGGGCACCGCCAUCAAUGAUCUCCUGAAUGCCGAUCGCGUACUGAUUGGCGGCGAGGAAACGCCCGAAGGCCACCAGGCGGUGGAGAAGCUGUCCUGGAUCUACGAGCACUGGAUACCGAAGCAGAACAUCCUCACCACCAACACGUGGAGCAGUGAGCUUUCCAAGCUGGCGGCGAACGCUUUUCUGGCCCAGCGCAUCUCCAGCAUCAACUCGCUGUCGGCAGUGUGCGAAGCCACUGGAGCAGAUGUCUCCGAGGUGGCGAGGGCCGUGGGUCUGGAUUCCCGCAUCGGUUCCAAGUUCCUGCAGGCCUCCGUGGGAUUUGGAGGCAGUUGCUUCCAGAAGGAUAUCCUCAACCUGAUCUACAUCUGCGAGAACCUCAACUUGCCCGAGGUGGCUGCCUAUUGGCAGCAGGUGAUUGAUAUGAACGAUUACCAGAAGCGUCGAUUCUCCCAGAAGAUCAUCGAGAGUUUGUUCAAUACGGUGUCAGACAAAAGGAUAGCCAUCCUGGGAUUUGCCUUCAAGAAGAACACUGGUGAUACCCGCGAAACCGCUGCCAUAACCGUAUGCCAAACACUUCUGGAAGAAGGCGCCGCGCUGGAUAUCUACGAUCCCAAGGUGGAACCCGAGCAGAUCAUCGACGACCUCACGCAUCCCAGUGUCACGGAAUCCCCGGAAAAGGUGAAGAAAGCGGUGCAGAUCCACAGUGAUCCCUACAGUGCCGUUCGGGCCACCCAUGCCCUGGUCAUCUGCACUGAGUGGGAUGAGUUUGUGGACCUGGACUUCAAGCGCAUAUACCAAUCGAUGAUGAAGCCGGCGUACAUCUUCGAUGGCCGCAAGAUCCUCGACCACGAGAGGCUGCAGCAGAUCGGCUUCCACGUCCAGACCAUUGGCAAGAAGUACCAGCGCGCUGGACUGCUCCGUUCCUGGGGCAUUGUGCCGCAGCUUUAGGCUCGAAGGGCGACGGAGAUGGUGGCGUUUACACUUAAAGUUGGCGAAAUUUCCAGUAUUUGCGAGACUAAAUUGUAAAUAUCCGUAUCAGUUUCUGUAACUUAGUAUAUCUUAGAGUGGGUCGAUUUAAAGGAUGAAGAAUAUUUAGGACGAAAAGUAAUCUGCGAAUAAUUCUAAGCUUAAAUCUUGGAUCUUAUAACUACUAUAUCAGUUUGACCCUACUUAAGUUAAUGUAAAACAAUAAUCUUUAACUCGGUCAAUUCCUAUAAAGUAAAAUGUCAAGAAAACAUC